AAGAAGGAAGAACGUUACUUGGGCAGAAGGAGCAUAUUCUCAGGAGACGGGGCCCCUGCCUGCCACACCAAGCGUUGGGCCACCAGGAAGACCCCCAUCUGCAAUCCAGCCUAGACUUCCAGGGAGAAAGAGGCCCCUGCAGCUCCUUCACCAUGAACUGGCACUUGAUCAUCUCUGGGCUUAUUGUGGUGGUGCUUAAAGUUGUUGGAAUGACUUUCUUUCUACUUUAUUUUCCACAGAUUUUUAACAAAAGUAACGAUGGUUUCAGCACCACCAGGAGCUAUGGAACAGUCUGCCCCAAAGACUGGGAAUUUUAUCAAGAAAGAUGUUUUCUCUUACCUACUUCUGAAUCAUCUUGGAAUGAAAGCAGGGACUUUUGCAAAAGAAAAGGAUCCACAUUGGCAAUUGUCAACACGCCAGAGAAACUGAAGUUUCUUCAGGACAUAGCUGAUACAGAGAAGUAUUUUAUUGGCUUAAUUUACAAUCGUGAAGAGAAAAGGUGGCGUUGGAUCAACAACUCUGUGUUCAAUGGCAAUGUUACCAAUCAGAAUCAGAAUUUCAACUGUGCGACCAUUGGCCUAACAAAGACAUUUGAUGCUGCAUCAUGUGACAUCCGCUACCGCAGGAUCUGUGAGAAGAAUGCCAAAUGAUCACAGUUCCCUGUGACAAGAACCAUACUUGCAACUCUUUUUGAAUCCACACAGGUCAUCUGGCCAGUGAUCCUUUUACUUACCUAUCUGUCUACCAGCAGCGGUCCUUGGCCAUUUGAGAAACUGAGCUUCUUUCUUCUGCACUGGGGGACUGGAUACUAGCCAUCUCCAGGAGACAGGAUCAGUUUUAUGGAAAUAACUCAGUUGGUAUAGAGAUGAGGUCUGCUUCUGUAGUACUGAGCAUUUCCGACUGAUCAAAAGGGCCUAGUCUGUUGACAGGGUUUGUUUUAUUUUAGCCUCAGAGUAUCUACCGUACUACCAGGGAGCAACUGUAGAGUGAGCAAUUAUAAACAUUAUUUAGGGAUUACCAUGGUGGAAGAGGGAUAAACGUAGCUCCUGUGACCUCAUCUCUGUUCUCAAGGGAACCCCAUUCACAUGCCCCUCCUAACUCCGCAAGCUGGGGUAGCAGAGGCUCUCCUCAGUCUGAACUAAGGCUGGGCCUUGGGGAGGGCUCCUAGUGCUGAGCUUGGAGCAGCACAGACAGCAGCAUUGUUUAUGGGAAUAGAGAGACGUCUGGGCAGGAUAGGAACCUUCUUGGAGACCCCUUUGAAGAAAACCAGACAGCCAAGGGAACAAAACACACUAGGUUUCUGUUCUUCAGCAAAGCCCUGAAGAGACACUUAAGCUAAAAAUCCCCUUGUCAUAUUUCUGAAACUCCAUUAUAACAUAUGUAACUCCUUUGUAACCAAAAUUUAGGUAAGCAGGCUUCCUUUGCUCUGAAGGUUUUGAGUACCUGACUGUAUUUGUUGAGUAUAUUUUUAAAAUUUUGGAUAGUCUCUUAGGCAACAAUAAUCACAAUAUAUUCGUCCCUUCAGUUCUAGAGAGAACCUGAUAUCAGGUACAGCCUACUGACCCAAGGACCCUGGCACUGGUUGGCAUCACAUUGAUCUAGAACAGGUCCAGCUGAUGAAGCAAUAGAAAAAGAGGAGGGCUGCUCAGGGAAACAUUGGCUGGGGGCAAGGAAUAAGCACAUAGUAGAAAGGGAACAUCAGGGUCAAAUGGAAAUCACCUGAGACAGGAAACAGAGCAUUCAUUUGGCCACACUGGAAGAAAGGCAAGAAAGAGGAAGAAAAGUCUUGGAGUACCCUGGCUGUUCUCUACAUUCACAAGACAUCAGCUAUUUACCCUGCUUGGUGCAUGAGAAAGAUAAAAGAGAUGCCUUGUGUGUUUUGAGUAAGAAUAAGUAAACCAUAAGGAAGACCAUGUAUAAAACUGAUGGAAAUAAUAGUCACCUAAGUACAAUGCAUACCAUUUUGUGUCUAAUAACAAUGUACCACAGUAAUGACUGUACAUAUCAUUAUAUGCAUACCAAACAAGAUGUUGUAAAUCAUAUUUUUUAUUACAACACUAAGUUCUGUUUCUGCA